GCGCAGGGGAUCCUGGGUAACAUCGCUUACUUUUUCUUCAUCUUCUUUUCCCGCAGUCGGAGUUUUCUUCGGCUUGAGUAAAUCUUGUACAGAAUGCUUUGAAUCCUCGACGCGGGACGCCCCUGAUCACUAUGCUUUGAAGGACUAAAACAUAAUUCGUGCAAUCUUCGUGUCCAGGUUGGAGUCGUUUCGUGCACGUUGAAGUUUCUCGGCAAAGUUUAGCUUGCGAACAACGAGACGCGUUUGAGAUCACCACUUGCCUCAUCAGAAAUCAAGCCUGAAGUAAAGUCUUCUUCUUUCCGCCACCGACGAGCCAGAAAGUGUUGUGAUCAUCGUGUGAAAAUGUGUGCAAGAACGUCAGGAGAGUACAGGGAAAAAGUUUGUGGACCAAAAAAGGAGGAGGGGCCACAACGUCAACUACUGGACGCUGUGUUCAAUCUGCAGCCUCGAAUUGUCCUACGCAGAGUAGAUGUCAGUGAGUAUCUUCAUCCAGAGCAGCAACAGUCAGUGUCCGGUCACAUCAAAGAGGAGAAUGAAGAGGUUCAGCGUAUCAUUGAGGAGGAGAAAGCGAUCAUACACAUGAAAGAGGAAGAGCAGGAGGAAAUCAUCCAGGUUCCAGCCACUGGUGUCCAUUUGAAGAGUGAAGAUGAAGAUCAAAGUGAGGAGAGACGGGGGGCGGAGCCUCCAGAAUCAGAAUCAGGUUUACUGGCCAAGUGUGUAAAAACACACAGGGAAUUUUUCUCCGGCAGUCGGUGCAGCCCUGGUAUGACAUUCAGGACAGCCAGGAACAGCUCAAGUGAUGGAGACCACUGUGGAGGAUCACAAACAGCCGAUGAUGAUGAUGAUGAUAAUGAUGAUGAACAAUCGGAACGUGAUAUGACAUGUCACACUACCAACAAAUGCUGGAAAUGUUCUCAGUGUGGGAAAACCUUUGCUUCUGUAAGGAAUUUCAAACAACAUGUGAAAAUACACACUGGUGAGAAGCCUUUUUCCUGCUCAGUUUGUAGCCAAAGAUUUACUUUGAAGGCAAAUUUUAAAAUACACACAAGAACACACACUGGUGAGAAACAUUUUUCAUGUCCAGUUUGUGAUAAAAGAUUCACUGAGAAUGGAAGUUUAAAAAGACACACAAGAACACACACUGGUGAGAAACCUUUUUCAUGUCCAGUUUGUGAUAAAAGAUUCACUGAGAAGAGAAUAUUAAAAAUACACUCAAGAACACACACUGGUGAGAAACCUUUUUCAUGUCCAGUUUGUGAUAAACGAUUCAUUGAGAAGGGAAAUUUAAAUAGACACACAAGAACACACACUGGUGAGAAACGUUUUUCAUGUCCAGUUUGUGAUAAAAGAUUCCCUGAGAAGGGACGUUUAAAAAAACACACAAGAACACACACUGGUGAGAAACCUUUUUCAUGUCCAGUGUGUGAUAAAAGAUUCACUGAGAAGGGAAAUUUAAAAAGACACACAACAACACACACUGGCGAGAAACGUUUUUCAUGUCCAGUGUGUGAUAAAAGAUUCACUGAGAAGGGAAAUUUAAAAAGACACACAAGAACACACACUGGUGAAAAACCUUUUUCCUGCUUAGUUUGUGGUCAAAGAUUCACAGGGAAAAGAGAUUUAAAAAAACACACAAGAACACACCCUGGUGAGAAACCAUUUUCAUGUCCAGUUUGUGAUAAAAGAUUCACUGAGAAGAGAAAAUUAAAAAUACACUCAAGAACACACACUGGUGAGAAACCGUUUUCAUGUCCAGUUUGUGAUAAAAGAUUCACUGAGAAUGGAAGUUUAAAAAGACACACAAGAACACACACUGGUGAGAAACCUUUUUCAUGUCCAGUUUGUGAUAAAAGAUUCACUGAGAAGGGACAUUUAAAAAGCCACACAAGAACACACACUGGUGAGAAAUCUUUUUCCUGCUCAGAUGUGGUCAAAGAUUCUCUGUGAAUGAAAGCUUAAAAAGACUCGAGAACACACAAGUAAGAAACUCUUGCUUACUCACUUAGGUCAAACAUUCUCUUCUAAGUGCAGUAAAAACUGAGAAGUCCCCCCCCCACACACACACACAACCACCUUCCCAUCCACACCCCAGGAAUUUUCAUGUAUGUGUAUCUGGGUCCCACAAUUAAUGAAAUAUGUAAAUAAUAUUUAUACUUUACAUAUUUGAGACUAACAUUACAGCAGUACAUGCAUUUACUCAAAUCUUUGUCAGUUUUAUCACCUGACUUCUGGAAUAAUGUGCACAAAAUAAAAGGACAAGGAGAGUCUGUCUCAUGAGGAGAACAUGAGAGACAAGACAGUAACAGUCUCCAACCCUGUUCUGAACCAGCAUUUCGUGUUUGUUUGUUUUUAAAUUUCAAGAGCGCACAAGGUCAAGAGGGAGGGGUGAGCAAGCAAGUUAACAAAAGCACAUUCUUUCAUAACAAUGUGUGUGUGUUGGUGAACUUGUCCUUGGCCACUUCUCGGGCGAUCAGGAGUCGGCUUGUGCACCUGUGUGGGGACUGCGCGUCCUGUAUGUGCAAAGAAUCUUCAAAGCAAGGAUAAUACUUUGGCUUUGUAGCAAAUCCAUAAUAAAUAUAUUGACAAUAAUUCUAACAAUCUUUUAUUAUAAAACUGUCUGAAGUCUUGGAGGACAUCCCAGUAGGUACCACAGUGCCCAUGCCAUUUGCUGCACAAAGUGGUUGAUUUCUCCCGCUGGAUCACAAAAAGGAUAAAAGUGCUCCCAAAUAGGAGCCAAUUCCUCUCGCUGGAAUCAUAGAAGGGAAAAAAGUGCCCGCGGCAUUACUACUUCUUGGGCGUCGCGGAGGAAGCUUUCGAUGGGGCACAACGCUGAUAAACAAAAAAUUUGAUCAUGGACACAAAAUGGGGAGGGGGAGUGAAAAAUCAAUGUGAUGCACUGAAUGUGCAAUCGGUGAAAUGUGAACUAGAGAGGGAUUACUGUAUCAGGUUAAGACACAAGUGAACAUGUGAAAAAAACAAUGAUCAAAAAGCUUUUAAUGUAAUGGUGUAAAAUGAUUUACUUUGUUAUUGACCGAGAACCAACUUUCUUGUAUUCUGUGUAGCAGCUAUUAUUGUAUGUUCGACCCAUAACCAAGGUCUCUUGUCCCCAAACAGCGGUUGAUCUCAUUUGAGCUUUUCUGAUUCGUAAAAGUGAAAAUAUAAUCCAAUAUCAAUGUCAUUAAAAAAAAUCUCAGAGUAUAAAGCUGCCUCGAGAAGGAAUGUCUGCAUAUAUUUUUGUGAUGACUGACAGUUUUGGGACAUGUAGCCACAUUUCUUGGGCGAGUCUUGCAAGCAAGUGAUACCUUGCCAUGUUUGUCAUUUUUAGGAAGAUGUCCUUUUUCAUGCCAAUCCAUAAAUUAGUUUUUUUUAUGCACAAUAAAUUUGUGAGGGAACAUAAUUUUGGGGGUACUAGCUAUUUUUCAUGCGAUGGAACAAUAUAUGACAUCAAUGUAAGAUACACAGCCGACUUGAACAAAGCCGUGAUUAAAAACUCAAGCGAGAUGUAUUUUUUGUUUAUUAUUUCUUGAAAAGUUUUAAUUUUGAAGAUCAGGAUUCCACCUGACAGCUACAAUGUGUAAAAAUAUGACAAAUACUUCACCGGAGGUUUUUUGUUCAUGGUCACCUUUAUACAAGAAGCUGGAUCUUUUGUUCUCACUGUCACCAUGGAUUUUUUUACACACUUAUGUAUCCACUGUCUUGAUUCAAAAUUGAAGAUAGAUCCGCAGAUAAUAGUUUCAAUUUUCAUUUCCACAAACCACAAAUGUGCUGUAAUAAUGACUACACUGAAUUACAUGUAGAUUUGUAUGCUAAACCCACAAACACUUGUUAUGCAUCUGAGUGUAAUUUUGAAAAAGCUAAUAAAAUCUGAAAAAUAUUGUUUGUUUCAUUUUCAUGGAGAUCAUUUCCAAGCAUUGAAUGAGGUGCCUUUGAAAGUUUGGGUUAUCACACUGUACUUGCAAGGCAGGCCUCAGUGAAGUUUGUUCACGUUACAGCAGUUUUGUUUACCAUGGAAGCUUAUGGCAAACCCAAAGAUAGUACAACACGUACACAAACAAGUUGCUUGCUCAUGACGAGAUCCAGCAUCAACCCGAGCAAAUAUCCAGUUUGAAAAGCUGGGAGCUAUUGAUUUUACCAGACCACAUCAGAAGAUAAAGUCAAUGAAACCAAACGUCAUUAAGAAAACCUUUUCCUUCAGCAACAACUGGGCCUAAAAAGCCAAAGAUCAUUGGACAUGACCAGAGAUGAAAUCACGACAAAAGGAAAUCAAUCACAACAAUAUGAGGAGAAGUGGGGCGAGUCAGGACACUCAGAUCUUCACUCUCACAUUUACCUGGUUGCA